CACUUCCUUAACUUUUUGAGGUUAUGUCACAUUAAAAAUAUAAAAAUGUUUCGCCUCACGAAUAAUUUGAAAAAUCUUACACUAUCCAUAGAAGAAUUAAGUGCAAACUAUACGAAUUUACAGACUGUGAGAUGGCAACGCAAGCCCAGAUGGUUACCGGUGGCGAAAAGUAAAGUUUUUAGGAUUCCAAAAAAGCCAGAAACUCCCCAAGAAGAUAACUUGGAGUUACAAAGAUUGUUUAAUAAUUACAGAACGCAGAUUAAAUCGUUGAGGAGACAUUUUUUUUACAAACACCACAUACAAUUUUUAGCCAGCGAGGAUCCUGAGCAACAAAGGAUCAUUUUUGAGAAGGAUCUUGACAGGUGUAAUAAAAUUAAUGAUAAAUGGAAUGCAGAGCAAAAAGUUUUGCGUGAAAAACGUGCCCAAGAAAACUUGGAAGUUGAAUUAGAGUUUGCCAGAAAGAGAAUAGAAGUUGAAAAUAUAAAACGAGAAGAACACAAACAAAAAACUGAGGAGUAUGUUAAAAAGGUUAAAGAAGAAUCCAAGGAAUUUAUUACAGCUGAAAAUAUCGAUAAGGCCAUUGAAAUAGCAUUAAACAAUCCUGUGGAUUAUAAUUAUGCCUUAACACCAAGUGGGGAGAAAAUAUUUGGCAGGGAAAAUAAUGAAUUUGAAGUUAAAGAGAAAAUAAGUGUUAAACAGUAGUUGUUUUUGUAAAUAAAUAAAUUAAUAAUGUGGUUUUCUUUUUUUAUUUUAUAAAAAAAUAUUUACAAAUUGUCCUUAAAAAAUUAAUGUUAUGUAAACAAUGAUUGUAGAAAUUCUUCCCUAUCUUCUUCAGGUGCUUCUUCAGUAUCCAUUUUUUCAGUUUUCUUCACCCCUUCUGUCUCCUUGUUAACCAACUGUUUAGCUUUUUUCUUUUUAUCCAAAUUUGAGGUAAAGAAGUUAGUUUUCUUCUUUGCCAACGUAAUUUCAGCCCUCAAUUUCUGUCUUCUUGCCGCUUUUUCAUACGCCAAUCUUUCGUGUAGAUGGGGCCAUUUGAAGUUGCUCAAAUACUUAAUAUUCCAUAUACUGUCAAAUUGUUUCGAUCUUUUUCUUGAGUCCACUUGUUGAUUGUUUAAAUGUGCAGCCACUUUUUUGGCUACGGAUUUUUUCUCGAAUUCUACCCAUCCUUCCGU